UGUACUGUCAGAAACAACGACAUCUUUUAUAUAGGCGGCUACUGUGGACAUGAUGACUGCUUUCAUAAUGAUGUCAACUUAUUUAAUACUUUAACUUAUGAAUGGAAUAAGUUAAUAUCAAGUAGUGAUAUCGUAAUGAAGAGAGGGUAUGGUGGUAUGGUGUGUAUGGAGUCUAUGGGUACAGAAUACCUCCUAGUAAUAGGAGGACAUGGCUCUACACCCACUACAUACCAAUCACAGUAUCAAUAUGAUCAGCUGUAUAAUGGCCGUGUUCGUACUAAUGAACAUAAUUUAUUGAAUUUAUCAACAAGACAGUGGAUUAUUCCAACUAUUAGUGGACAGUGUUGUCCUCCUACUUCUUUCUUUACUCUUACAAAGAUCAGUAAUAAUAAAUCUGUCUUGUUUGGUGGAACAGUGACUGAUGAUGAAGGAUAUGAUGUAUCUGUUAAUAAUGUCUAUACAUGUCAACUUGAGUCUGAUGCUACAAUACACUGGGAGAGUGUUAAGGGACCAGUAGUACCUGCUAGUGUACAGUGGCCU